AUGUUACAUGGAUUUUCUGCCCAUAAGGACAUGUGGCUGGCUAUAGCCAAGUUUGUUGAGAGCAUAAACCUGAACAAGAGGCCUUUCCAUCUUGUUGGUACAUCGAUGGGUGGUAGUGUGGCCGGGGUAUACGCUGCUCAGUAUCCAAAAGACAUUGGCAGUUUGACUCUAAUUUGUCCUGCAGGUCUACAGUAUCCGACAGAAAGCAAAUUCCUGAAACAGCUACAGGACUUAAAAGAAUCUGGAGAAGAAAAUCCAAAAAAAAUCCCCUCAUUCCAUCCACUGCAGAAGAGAUGGAGCAGAUGAUGAAACUGUGCUCGUAUGUCCGCUUUAAGAUUCCACAGCAGGUGCUUCAAGGACUCGUUGAUGUUCGCAUUCCUCAUAAUGAAUUUUACAGAACGUUGUUUUUAGAUUUGGUUGCUGAAAAAUCACGUCACAUUCUUCAAAAAAGCAUGGACAAAAUUACAGUUCCCACCCAGAUCAUCUGGGGUCGACAGGACCAGGUCUUGGAUGUUUCUGGAGCAGAAGUCUUGUCCAGUGCCAUACCUGGAAGCCAGGUGGAGAUCCUAGAGAACUGUGGUCACUCAGUAGUGAUGGAAAGACCCAGAAAAACAGCCAAGCUCAUGAUGGACUUUUUAUCCUCCCUUCAAACCACAGAGAACAAUAAAAAACAUGAUUAA